AUGACCACGCUUGCGGAGAAAAGAAUUUUAGCUUUAGCGAAAGCACAAGCUUUUGUUCGGACAAGAAAACCUGAAACUGCCCCCAAUAAAGACGCAGAAAAUGGUGGAGAAAAGACGGAACCAUAUGCAGAAGAUAAUAACCCGAUAAAACCUAGCUCGUUUGGGCUUCGGCCACACUUUUCCACGGUCAACAUAAAUUGCGAUAAAUGGUAUCAAACGAUGGAUGAGAAAGCCCGCCUAGCUUUGCAAGAUCCGCCUUCAUUAGCAGAUGGAAUGGAUAGAGAGACGGAAAAGAAUCUUCGUUUCUUUGGUUGUUCUCUGAUACAAGAAGGAGCGGUCCUCCUAAAACUCCCUCAAGUGGCCGCCGCAACUGGCCAAAUAUUAUUUCAACGUUUUUACUACCUUAAGAGUUUCUUAAAGUUUCGUUAUGAGCAUACUGUAAUGGCCUGUUUGCUACUGGCCUCAAAAAUUGAAGAAGAGCCACGUCGUACCAGAGAUGUUUACAAUGUUUUCUAUCGUCUUGAACAGCUUCAUAAGCUGAGGGAAUCAGGGCGGGCUGUUACUGAUGAUACUGCUGCACGGUUGAAACCUCCUCCUCUCGACAUUAGCUAUGUUAAUACGAAGAAUAACAUUAUCAAAGCGGAACGUCGUCUUUUGGCAACGCUAGGGUUUGUUGUUCAUGUUAAACAUCCCCACAAAUUGAUAUGUGCGUACUGUUUUGUCCUUCGUGCUCACCAUCGAACUGACUUAAUUCAGAGAGCAUGGACCUAUAUGAACGAUGGGCUUAGGACAGACAUGUUUGUGCGGUAUUCUCCGGAAACUAUUGCCUGUGCUUGUAUUUUCUUAGCUGCUCGAACAGUGCAACCGCAAGUUCCGCUGCCAGAUAAGCCUCGAAAUUGGUAUGAACUUUUUGAUGCUUCAGACACUGAUGUUCAUACGAUAGCCAUGAUGUUACUGAAUAUGUAUGCCAAUCAAAAGGCGGUGAGUUGGAGAGAAAUGGACGAAAUAAUCGAGAAGUUGAGAGCAAAAAUUGAAACUUCACAGAAAGCUGCAAAAGCUCAGCUUGUUGCACAGAAGAUUACUAGCGAAAAGAAAAAGGUUGAUGAAGAUUCUGAUCGUGAUGAUGCUCGUAAACGACGUGGGAAAAGUCGCAGUCGAUCGCGGUCAAAAUCUCGAUCAAGGAGUCCGAAAAGGAACAAAUAUUCUCCUGUGCGUCGCAGAAGAGAGUCGCCCGAUCGAAACGGCAGGGCUAAAGGUCGCGGUGGAAAAGGAGGGCGUGAAGAUAGAAGAGAUAGAGAGAGAAGGGAUGAUCGAAGAGAUGAUAAAAGGAAGAGGAGCAGAAGUCGAAGCAAAAGCCGGGAGCGAUAUUCUGAUCGCGACCGUGAACGAGCGAAGUUGAAAAUGCCUGAACACAAUGAACCUCUUGAGGAGGGUGUUGAUCAACUGUCGCAGUGGAGGGAACGUUGUGGCGACCACGUAGCUGAUUUCAAAGCUAUAUUAGAAGAAUGCAAUGAUCGCGUAAAUGGCCGGAGCCAGACUGAAGAGACUUGUCAUCAGGAAAUGACGGAUUACAUCCACCACCUCGAUGAGUGCGCCUUCCCGAAAGCUUUUGCUGCCCUCAAGUGA